AUGAGUCAUUUUCAUUUUCAUUUUCAUUUUUUUUUUACUUCAUUUUAUAAUUGCAAAGAGAUAUUGAUUGAACAGAUGGUUGAAGAAAAACAUAUUAGAAAACCUGAAUUUAAUGAAAGGAUCUACAUUUGUAGAACUGUUGGAAAAUAUUCUUCGAAUUUUAGUAUUUCAGUAAAAUACAAUCAAUAUGUUUCCAAAGAGUUAUUAUCUAAUGCUUUACAUUCUAUGAUUCAGAAAAAUAGUUGGUUUGUUCAGAACUUUUUCAGAAUUAAUGGUGAUGAUGAUGAAGAUGAUAAAGUUGCUAAUGGUACAAACUACGAAGUAAGAAUAAUUGAUUCAAUUAAAUUUGAAGAUGUUGUUACUUAUGAAAAAAUCAAAAAAUUCAAUGGUGAAACCAUGGGUUUUCUAAAUGAAUUUAUAUUCUCUAUGAAUUCGUCAACUUUACCAUUAUGGAAAGUUUUUGUUUUUGAAGAAUCAAAUGGUGAACAAUUGAUUAGUGUUUGUUUUGAUCAUUCUCAUUUUGAUGGAUUAUCAGGUGUUCAAUUCCAAAAAGAUCUAGCUAAAGAAUUAUCAUUAGCUGAGGAGAAAUAUAUUGACGAAUUAUUUAAUUAUGAAAGAGAUUUUGAAAAUCUUCCGAAGGAAAUCUUACCUCCUGUUGAUACUUUAACUGAUUUGUUUACUCCAUCUCGUUGGCUAAUUACAAGUUUAUUAUUAAACAAAUUUGUUCCAUUAUAUGCCAGCGUGGUUAAAUAUUUCUGGCCUCCUGAUCCACCAGUAUUUAAAACCAAAAAACCUAAUGAUAAAAAUUUAAAAGCACAUUAUCGAUACUUAAAACUAACUUCUGAUCAAGUGUCCGAGAUUUAUAAAUGUUGUCGUUCUAUGGGAGUUACAGUAACUGCAUAUUUUGAUAUCAUGUGUUUGAAAGCUUUACAAGAUACUGUAUUUCAAAGUGUUAAGCCCAAAGCUGACUUUACAUCUUCUUUAAUUGCUGUCAAUGGAAGAAGAUAUUACUCGGAUGAUAUUAAGAAUUUCAAAUAUGGUACUAUGGUAUGUGGAGUACCUAUUAUUUUCCCAAGAGUUAUUGAUGAUGAAAAGAAAGCCAUGAAAACUUUUAAUACUAAAUUACAAGAAGAUAUAAAACAUAAAAAAUCAUUUCAAGCUAUUGGAGUAAUUAAAUUUAUUAAUAUUUGGGAAUUUUUCAAAAACAAAAUCAUCAAUAAUGAUCCUAGAUUUACAGUAACUGUUUCUAAUAUUGGUAAAAUUUCUGAUUCAAAUGAUAUCUAUACUUUUAAAGAAUUAUAUUUCACUCUGAAUACUGGAAUCAUUUAUAAUUUUGUUUUAAAUAUGACAACUUUACCAAAUGGUGAAUUAACUGCUGUUUUUGGAAAUAUUCCGGAAUUUGAAAAUUAUGAACUUAAUGGAAAUCCAGUCAUGGAUGAAUUCAUAUCAACUUUCAAGAACUAUCUUCUUGAUUUUCAUCAAUCGGUAAACCUCCCUUCUCCUCCCCAUCAAAAUUGA